AUGAUGAAAGUUGUACAAUUAUGGAGAAGGAAAAAUCCAAUUAAUGUUGCUAAACAAAACUUACUUAAAGCUGAAACUUAUGAAGAAUGGCAAGUUGGUGCUUAUUAUAUUGAUAGACUGACUGGUUCAGAUCUAUGGAGACAUAAUUUUACUAGUACCAAAUAUGAUUAUAGAUUAAUUGCAGAACGAUUAAAAGCAUUACAAGAAGCCAGAGAUAAUAAUGAUAUAUCUCAAUUAUUAAAACUGUUCAGAACAGGUGGUUUCUUGAGAAAUUUUGGUGGGAUCUCAAAUCCAGAAUUGUUUAAUAGAGCUUAUGCAGGUACAAAGACAUUAAUUGAAGAUUAUAUUACUGAAGUUUUACAUUGUUUACAUUAUUUAGAUGAAAAUGAUAUUACACAACAUGAAAUGUCUUCAAAUCAAAUGAAAUUAGAUUUUUUCCAUGAUGCAAGACAAUCAUUUGGAAGUACUGCACUUGUUUUACAAGGUGGUUCAUUAUUUGGACUUUGUCAUUUAGGUGUUGUGAAAACAUUAUAUUUUAAAGGUUUAUUACCAAGAAUCAUCUCAGGAAGUGCAGUGGGAGCAGUUGUAGCAUCAUUAAUUUGCUCUCUGACAAAUGAUGAAUUGGCAACUACUUUAUUAACUAUAACUGAAAAUUUAGGAAAUAUUGAUAGAUUAAAUCAUGAUGUUGAUGAACGUUAUGGAUCUGUUAUUGAAAAUGUUAUAACAAAAGGUUAUUCACAAGAUAUAUUAAUAUUUAUGAAAUAUGUUAAAGAUAUUAUUGGAGAAUUAACAUUUGAAGAAGCUUAUAUCAAGACUGAAAAAAUUUUAAAUAUUAUAAUUCAUCCAACAAAUAAAAACAUUCCAUCAGUCUUAAAUUAUGUUACUGCACCAAAUACUGUGAUUUGGUCUGCGGUUUAUGCAUCAAUUGGAACUGGUGUGCUAUCAGAUAAUGUCCAAUUAUAUGAAAAAAAUAUGAAUAAUGAAAUUGUACCAAGAAUUUAUACAGAUAAUAAUUAUGUAUUUUUAACACCACAAAAGGCAAAUGAAAGAGGGAAUCCAGAAAGUCCAUAUACAAGAGUAACAGAAUUAUUUAAUGUUAAUAAUUUUAUAGUUUCAUUAGCAAGACCUUAUUUAGCUCCAUUAAUUGUUAAUGAUAUAAAACAUAAAUCAGGUUGGAAACCAAAAAGAUUAUUUAUGAGAUUAAUUGGUCUUGAAUUACAACAUAGAGUAGAAUUAAUGGAUAGAGUUGGUAUAUUAUUUAAUUUUGUUAAAAGAAUGGCUGUUGAUGAAAAAACUCCAAAAAAUUCAAGUGAUAUAACUAUUGUACCUGAAAUUCGUACAUUAAUGAAAGAUUUUGGUAGAGUUUUCGAUGUUCAUAGAACUCUUGAAAAUAUUCCAUAUUGGAUCUUGGUUGGUGAAAGAAGUCUGUGGCCUGUAUUACCCAUAUUAUGGACCAGAUGUGCUGUUGAAUUUACACUAGAUGAUUUAUAUAAUAGAAGAAGAAGAAGACAUAAAUAA